AUGGAAUUCAAUACCCUUAAAGUAGUUCUCCUCGCGUUCAUUGUGGAAUAUAGUUUCUGCGAAAAACUCACACCUCUUCUUCCCGGUGAUCCCUACAAUGUAAUUGGAGAUAUAGAAAGCCGUCAACUGGGACGUUGCAAUUAUUCUUACGCGUGGCUCGCAAUACCAAUGGGUUCCAAUCAAGACAUUUAUGCCCACGCAGCGGCCUGUGGACGAUUGGAACUUCAUGUUGGCGACGAACUGGGUCGCGUAAACAAGGACUACGCAGCCCAGCUGGUCGACCUCCAGACCCUGGACGCUCUCCUUCAGGGCAUCAAACUGGAACGGGGAGUACAAACAAACCCACCCCUGGUGCGGGAGGACCGUCUCUUCUACCUGUCCGAUCGUCUCGGUCAGUUCAAGAUGUUGGCAAUGCUGCGACCUGGUCGUCUGCCCAAAAUAGAGGUUAUUCCGCCACCCUCCCAGAAGGCUCACCUUCAUCCUCGCCACGUGCUUUGCUACCGGAAGCUGUGCAGUGAACCCAUCACCACCAGCACCACCACCACGAGACCGGAGAUGGUUAGACAGAUUGUGAAUUCUACCUCAGAAUGUAUACUGCACCUGGCGCAAGCAAAACAAGAUACUCGACGUCUGUACACCCAAGUUGUCAUAUUUCGCGCUGUAUUUGCCUUGGCAGCUUUCCUCUGCUUGUUAUUUGCCAUUGCGGCCUUGAUACUAUGCUUCCGAUUACGUACAGUGAACCGACACUCUAGGAAGGUGUCCCGUAUGGAUCCAAACCGUGCUUACCCCACGGGACAGCCCUCUCCAGCCUUUUAUAACAUGAAUGGAAAGCUGGCCUUCCAAACACACUCACCUCUGGUUUUCGCCGAACCCGGCGGUGGCUCAAUUAACGUUGCUCAUAUGCCCAGCGACACUGCCAGUCUGCACAACACUGCACAGUCGAGUAAUCUCAGUGGUUGUGAGCUGCUGACUCCUGUUAGCCCCAAUGGUAACGCCUUUCCCGCCUACGCCUACGCACAGGACGGCUCAGGAGUGGUAAAACUGGUACAGGUGCCCGGCCACCGAACUUCUGUGAAUGGUAUGCAGGGCAUGUACCUCAACAGAGCAGUCAGUCCGGCUUCGUCCAGUCAACUAGAGAUGCGCGUUGCCGAUGGGUACAGGGCGGGAUCUCUGGACAGACGUAGUGAUGCUAACUCAGACACGAUGCAGCGUCGCAGAACGCCGAUCCAGGUUGCCCCCACCAACGACCAGACAAUGACUUCUCAGGGGAGUAUGAGCACUGUCAUACACCAAUAUCCCGGUGACGCAAAUUAUCGGUUUGGUCAGACACCACGUGGCUCAGUCAGUGGGGAGGCAGCCAAUGCACCUGCUAACUGA